AUGAUAUAACCUUAAAAAUAUUAAUAACUUUUAGGAACCUUUUCAGAUACUUAAUUAAAUUUUAUGUCAUAAGUUUUUAUAUAUGAAUGGGUUAUCAAAUCUGGAUAAAAUUAAAAUAGUUCAUAAAAAAAGCUCAAAUUAAUAAAUAUACCAACUUCAAUGACUAAUUAAUAAUAAGAGUACUUCCAAUCUUCAUUAUUAAUUCAAAGUUGUAGUAAAGUCAACUUUUAGCCCACCAAUGAAAUUGAAAACCCUAUUUUACUCAUAAUCAUAAAAAAUAUAACUCAGAAACAUAAAUUCUAAUAAUUAAGAGAAGAAUAAAUUAUUCAUCAUAGUCUUAUCAAAUCUUUUUCUCAUGAAUUAAGAACUCCAUUAAACAGUUGUAAAAAUAUGUUAAGAAAUGUCUUGAUAUUGCUUAGAGUUCAACUGCCUUACUGA